AUCGCGUCACGGCCUUUUCCGGAAGAGCUACUUGGAAAAAGUCACGUGACUGUGUUUGCCAUUUUUAAUGGAAUUCUCGAAACUAUUUGUAUUGCUAUCUGUAUCAAUUUAACAGGGUUUACUAGCUUCUCAGAAUGUGUUUGUUUACAUAAGUGAAGAAAAAGUCAAACUGGCGUGUAUUUACAAUUAUUGUAGAACAGGUGUAGUCUUUUCUGAGGUUGGCGUACAACGUCAAAGAGAAGGGACGAGCACCAGUCGUUACUGCAACAUGGCGACGAUCGAGGACGUUUGUGAAGAUAACAGCUCCACGGAUCCUUUUAUAACUAACGAACAGGUUAAUGGUUAUUUGCAGGAUUCCGGAGAUGAGCUGACAGUGGAGACACCUCCAUUACCAGCACCAUUCAUUCGAAACGACAGCGGUACAAGCUUGAAUAGUGUGAAACUAUCGUCCACCUCGGCAAGGCCCUUCCAGGGACCCCGUUUCAAGCUAAUUCAUGAAGGAGAUAUACAGAUAUGUCGUCUUAAUCACACCAGAACUAUUGUCAGUAAAAUAAUGAACUCCAAAUAUCUUCGGCGUUGGGAAAGUCAUCGUAUUGUGUUGGACAAAAACGAGAUUUGCUCUUGCACCGCAUACGGCAUGAUGGAAAACCCGAUACCUUACUCUAGCAUCGAAGAUGUGCACAUCAUUUCACGAUGGGAUGCGGGUCAGAAGUUCUGUAUAAGAAUAACUGUACCAGAUGGCUCCCUUCUCAUUCAGGCUCACAAUUCAUACAUCCGAGACCAGUGGCUCCAUUCAAUUCUGUGGAAGAAACACAUGUACAAAUGUGAGAAAUUACUGAAAAAUGCCAGAAGACCAGAAGUCCUUGUCAAGGAAAUCAAAAAUAUGAUUGAUGUAUCCUUGACCACUAACAUUCAGGAUGCCAGUGUGUAUCAAUUUCCACUGGACCUGGUGUCGGAUCUCCUACAACAGAAUGCAGAUUUCAUAACAAGAGUGGCCCAUGAAAACAUAAUUGUGGCUUUGGCACCUCUUCUAGAAAACAAUCAUCCCACUCAAGAGAUUUGUGAAUUUUUCAGCAAGCAUUGUAAAAACAGUCCUCGUUCCAGCAUAGUGAUAGAAUUGUUCACCCCUGUGGUACAGAGAAUUCUAAAGCAUAACACUAACUUUGGAAGAUACCCAAGGAAGCGUGGAUUUGUCCAGGAAUAUAUCCAGGCUUUAAACUGUCAAAAUGGUGGUUAUGACGUGGUUCAAAAUUUUGUUAGAAGCAUGCACAGUCCUGCCAGUGCCUGUCCACACCCUCGAGUUCUCCCUAACCUGGUGGCUGUGUGUUUAGCUGCCAUUUAUUCCUGUUUUGAGGAAAAGAAAAAUGCCAUGCUGGAUAACACCGCCGUGGAGUUGGAUAUACAGGAAUGGGAAAACAAACUCUGCUGCUAUAUAGGAAUGCUGAACACCAUGUCCACAUUCUCAGACUGGCGGCUAGUGUUAGGAAGUCUUCUACAACCAAUUCCAUUUCCUAACGAUGCUCUUGCAAAUGAGUUAUUCACAUCCAAAAUGAAGAGUGUGCUAAAAAACAUUGCCUCGGAUGAAAAGUGUGAUGUUCACCAAACAAUCCUUGGGAUCCGUGAGGGGAAGGAGGGAUGGUUCCACCUGUAUACCCCAGGGACAAUAGGCUGUGAUGACGAGGGGGAACUUUGGGGGAUCAUGUUGAAAACCUUGAUCAGGUGUUGUUGUAAAAGAAAGAAGUUCUUAACAGAACUUAACAAAAUGAUUGGUCCAGUGAUGUUGCUGGCCUUGAGGGAAAAUGAGGCAGCAAUGGAGGUGCUUUGUGCAAUGUUAGAACUAGAGGUGGUAGAAAACGAGGACCUCAAACUACAGAUGGUGACAACAUUACAGAGCACUUGUAAAGGGAAACGCAUGUAUGCCCAGCUGUGUGAGAGACAGAUAGCUCUCAGAGAACUACAACAAAAGGGAGGACCCAAGAAGCUCACGCUGCCCUCCAAGUCCACAGAUUCUGACCUGGCUAAGAUGCUGAGUUCUGGAUCCUUUGGGAACCUGGAGUGUCUUAGUCUGGCUUUUACACAUGUCACCAGUGCAUGUGCCAAUGACCUGAUCAAACUGCCAUCAUUACGUUAUCUAAACCUAUGGUCAACGCAAUUUGGAGACAAUGGACUUCAGCUGAUAUCAGAGUACCUACAGAAAUUACAAGUUCUCAAUUUGUGUGAGACUCCCGUUACAGACAAAGGACUGUCCUGUUUAGCUACUUUGAAGAAUCUCAGAAAACUUAAUUUGAACAGCACCAGUUUAUCCAAACUAACAUUUGAAGGACUUGUGGAGAAACUGCCAGCAUUACAGGAGUGUGAUGUGAGGUACACAGAUGCCUGGUGAUAACUUUAUAGUACAAACUCUGUUCUCAUAAUUGCUGCAUGUGACCAUCUUAUGUUGUAUGACUGUGAACAAAAAACAGACAGCAAGCCAUGAGAGUGUCAUUUCACCAUGCAAGAAGAACCAAGGAUUGCCGGUUUGCACUAGCAUUUCCUUUCCGUACCACAAAUGUUUCAUGAAAGGGCAUGGGUACGUGGAAAGUAAAAAGGCGCUACCACCAAGAUAUACCUCUGGGGAAAUUCUUUUCCAUGCCAUCUGCUAGUGGGAAGAAAUUGAUAAACAACACUUGGAUACGACUUUGUUUCUUGUGAUUCUUCAAGGAGAUACUAUCAAUCAUGAAAUUAUCUGCUUGUUGAUAAAAGAGUACUCGUGGCAUACUUAUUUGCAUUUGUGCUUUUUCUUAGUUCUAGGUGUUGUUAUUUGUUACCCCACGUUACUGUUCAUGAGAAAUAUGUCCUCAUUAAGGGUGAAUGCAGAAGUGUUUUCAUCUUUCCCCAACAAAACAAUUAUCUCUCCCCCCCCCUCUCCCCCCCCCCCCCCCCCCCCCCCCAUUACUCAUUACCAUCACCUGUACAUUUGGCCCAUGUUUAGCUUUUCUGAAUUGUAAGUAGAAGGUAAAAUCACAUACCGGUCGUCAGACACGACGUAUUAUGUUAUGGGCUGUCCGUCCGUCCAUGUGUCCUUCCAAGGUCAUGUUUUCUGGACUUUUCUGUAACGGAUUCAUAUAUAGCGUUUAAGUUUGGUCACAAUUUCUCCCUCAAGAAGCAUAAGACUGAGGUUGCAUUUCAGCUGGAUUGGUGCACGAUGACCUACUUUAAGGCUAAAAGUAGGUCAAACAGUUAUAUGGACUUUAUUUCGUUACGGAUACAGAUAUUGCCCUGAAAUUUUGUCACAAGUUUCCUCUUGGAGGAAUACAAGUUCAGUUUGCAUUUCAGCUGGAUUGGUGCACUGUGACCUACUUUAGGGCUAAAAGUAAGUCAAAUAGUUUCCUGGACAUUUUCUCAUUAUGGAUACAGAUAUGGAGAUUUUGUCAUCACUUUCUGACAGGCGUAUGAUGUACCAUUUGCAGUACUAGUGUUGUCUUAUAAUUUCAAAAUAGAUUGGCAGGUGAUUUGCUUGAUCUUUAAUGAUAUGAAUCUACAUGUAUUGUUUCUACCAGUAUUCAUAUUUCAUGCUUUGAAAUAGUGAUUUACGCAAUAUUUGUGUUGCCUGCUAUGCAUAGAGGACACUGCAGGAUAACUUUGCCAAUGUGUCAUAAGUCUGUCUGAGUGAACUCCUCUUUUCAUGUUUAGUACUUACAAUUUCAUGAAUACUUCAUGAAUACUCACCAUAGUAAAAUCCAACACCUAAUGGAAAGGCAAGUUCUUCAAAGAUCAAGUCCAUGGCAGGCAACACAAUAUUCUUUACAACACUCUACUUUUCAAUUGUAGAAUUUGUUAUUUCUUUUGUUUAUGUAAAUUAUAUAUUGUUAAGUUUGUUUUGAGGAAGCCAGACAUUGAUCUUCUCGUUUUAUCCACCUUUUAAGUAUUGUUUUUCUGUUUCUGUGAUGAACUGAUCUUUCUUUAUGCCAGGUGCUGAUUUUAUAAAUAUACUGUAUAUGUUUCACUUGGGGGAGGGGGGUAUGUGUGUUAUUUUAAUGUUUGUAAAGGAAGCAUUACAUAAUGCAUAAAUCUCUCACUAGGGGGCGCAUUACACAAUGCAUCAAUCUCUCACCAAAGGGCGCAUUACACAAGCUUCACCCACAUUUGUCAACACUUGGAAAAUAGUUUCAGCAUCAUUUAAUUACAUGAUCUAAACAGUAGAAAUGGUGGUUGACAAGUGUGCAAAAUGCAUGGGAGGGGGGGGGGGGGAUAAUUGGACUGUUUUGUAGAAAAUAACUGAAAGGUGAAGAUCUCACUCAAAACCUGAUAGUGAUAUGUUGUAAAAUAUGAUUUGAUGCAUUCAUUGCUGUUUUUCUGAACUUAGUUAACAUGUGGAUUUGUUUAAUUUCAUGUGUAAAUAGGUGUAUAUUCAUUCAUGAUUAGUCCAAGGUUAAGGGAAAUGAAGGAAUUUACGUGAUUUGAUUAAAAUGACUAGUUUCCAUCAAUUGAAAAAUUUAUUUUCAAGCAACAAAACGUUAUCAGAAUUUGUUGUAUGCAUUAUUAUGAUUACAGAAAUGUUGUUAAAAGGGUUUUCACAGAGAUGUAGGUAAAACUUGUAUAAUGCGCCCCUCUAGUGAGAAAAAUUACAGUGCAUAUCACUAGGGGUAAGGGGCCAAUUUUUUCAAACAAUCUUUGCAAACUUUACCCCUACUUUUCAGCAGUCAAACUUUGGUUCUUAUCUUUCAAUACAUAGUAAAAGAUUCAUUAUGUCAUUGUAGGAAAAAGUCUACACAUUGUCAUACCUAUAUAUUACACUAUGAAGACUUUCUAGUUUGAUUUAUAAAUGAAGUGGUAAUUUAUCUAGUCAUUAGAUUGCUAACGCAGUGUAAAAGAUGGGAAAGAGAUGUUCAAACUAUGAAUAGCCUGUCUCGAAUAUUGUAUUACCGAUGAUGCGUUCUUUGACGUAAUAAUUUUCUAGUGUACUUGUAUACUAGUAUAUGUAUAUACAGUUCAUAGCUUAUUGUAGAAGAUCCCCCGCACCCACCCCUUACUCCCUCAGAAUUAUUUAGACUUUGUGAGUGUAGGAAUAUUUAGUGUAUAGUAUAUAUAUCAUUUUAUCUCAGUAGUACAAUUUUAAUAUUUAUGUUGCCGUGUUUUAAUCUCACAUGUAAGCAUUAUGUCCUUGUUGCAUUAAUGUUAUCGAUUGUUCAUCCUUUCAUUUGAUUCUAGUCCUUGAGAGGAAUACAGUAUUUCUCUGUUUAUACAGAAGUGGAAUGUUUAUCUAGUGGUCAUUGUGUACAGUUAUAUUAUAAAAUCUCCACAUCCACACGUUAGAUACGAAUAAAUGGUAGUGCACCAGAGACUGAUCUCUCCUACAGAACCUUUCUCCCUAUCAAGUUGUGUUCCAUUUGUAGUGACAGUAAUCCACCACAUAAAGGUGCUAUCCUUUCUACAAUUCUUAUAAAGUAAAAUUUCUGUAAACAGUCAUAGUCAGGUGUCUGUAGUACUCUGUACAUAGUUUUAAACUUUCUGUGUACUGUCAUAUGAAAUAUACUUAGAGGUUUAUUUCUUUCAAAAUUAGUAGGAAAAUUGUUGAUAUUGGAUAAAAACAAACAGUUGGCUUGUAUAUACAGUUGUAGUAUCUAAUGAUAAUCCAAUAUAUCCUACUUCUUUGUAGUUUUAAGAUUGUUUCAAGUUUUUUUUAUGUGUUUAAGUAAGCUGGGCAGGUAUUUUCCCCAAAUGUUGCAUUUCUAGUCAGAUAUUCAAGCAUGUCUAUAUAUUCUACAAAGUUUCUCCAUCAGUUGACAUGGUGCCUUAAAUCUAUAUUUCUAUUUAUUGUUUUCAUUCAGUUUCAUCACUAUAUUACAGAGUACCCAUCAUAGAAGGGGCUCAUGCUUUGUAUCGGGGCAAUAUGUCUUUUAUUUCAGAUACUAAAUCUUAAUUUUUUGUAGGGUUCAUAUUUGUAAAUCAAUAGGGUUGAUCUGGUUAAAAACCCAAACGAGUGCAAUUUAAUGUACAGGUUAAUUCAUUGUACAUGUAUACAUAUUUAUUUAUACAUUUAUCCCACCCAAUGUUUCUCAAUAUAUUUUGUACAUGAAGUAUAUAGGCAUAUCACGCAUUUUAUUUUCCUGUUCACUUCUCGGCAAUCCUACAAAAUAUGGGAACAAAGACUGUGUUGACGGCAUUGGGUUAUUUAAGUUCAACUGCAGCCAGACUGUUCAAUCUGAUUUUCAGGUGGGGGGUUGGGGUCAUACGGGAUGGGUGCGAGUCUAUGUUCAACGCAUGAAGCUUACAGCUUACUUGCAGGUUGUCGAGGGUAGAUUGCUUGUGAGGUUGACUUCUUUACUAUAUAUUAUACAUGUAUCAGCAUUUUUCUACAUCUGAGAGUGCCAUGAUGAACUUAGAUGUUCUGUGAUAAUUGUUGUUUUUCGCCAUUCCAUUUGUAAUGUUUUUAUUAUUUGCAUGAACAAAUUGGUCUUGAAAGUGAUGUAGUGGAAAAUAUUUCAUUUAAAGUUUUUAAAUUCUUAAAGGCCAAACAUUUUGUUUUAUAAAACAAAUUCAAUGUUUUCAGAAUAUUAGGGGAUAUAUUUUCUAUGUGCUGAAUUUCAGUUUGUAGACGCAUUAGAAAUAUAUUUUGUUUGGAAUGGCCAUUUGAUAAAAAUUGCAGUUUUAUUUCACACUCCUGAAUUCAUAAGAUGCAUCAAUGCAAUAGAGUUCAAUUUGAAAUGUUUCAAGCUACAUGACAUAUAGCAUCAUCAGUUAAUGACCAUUCUUACCAAAUGAAGGCAGUUAAGAAAUCAUGACAUAGUUUUUCAUGGCUGUUUUGCUUUAAUUAAAUGUUGCUUGCUUUUUCAUAUGUUUAUUGUCAAAUCUGAUCUGAUAAAAUUAAAUGUUUCAAAAUAU